AGGGGGGUCCGAACAGGGCCUAAGUGCUAAACAUGGAGGAAGACGAAGAGGAAGACUACAUGUCUGAUUUGUUUAUUAAACAGGAUGUGAGGCCGGGUUUGCCCAUGGUGAGGCGGAUGAAGGAAGCUAUUCAGAAAGAAGAAAAGCAAAAAGAAGCCAACGAGAAGAACAGACAGAAGAGUAUAAAAGAAGAAGAAAAAGAGAGACGUGACUUGGUAUUGAAAAGUGCGUUGGGCAAUGAGAACAAAGGCUUUGCUUUGCUCCAGAAAAUGGGCUACAAGAGCGGCCAGGCCCUUGGCAAAAGCGGAGAAGGCAUUGUUGAACCUAUUCCUCUGAACAUAAAGACAGGCAGAAGUGGGCUUGGUCAUGAGGAAUUAAAAAAGCGAAAAGCUGAAGAAAAACUGGAAAACUAUAAACGAAAACUCCAUAUGAAAAAACAAGCAAAUGAACAAGCUGCAGAUCAGUUCAGAAUAAGAUUCAAAAACAAACAAGAAGAACGUAAGAUGGAAGGGGAUCUCCGAAAAAGCCAGAGAGCCUGCCAGCAAUUAGAUAUGCAAAAAGUAAGACCUGUAUUUUUGGGGGUUGGAAAGAAGGCUUAUAG